AGGUAAAAGUUCCCUCUGGAAAUAAAGAUAAAGAACGGUAGAAGAAGUAGGAGAAGUAACGCAGCAACAGGUUCUUGUGGUCGCUUAAGUGUUUAGUACUUUGGUUUUCCCAGUUGUACACGACUUGAAUAGAAGCGAGGGAUCCAUUUUUUCUCGCGUAAAGAACGAAAACAUACGAUGUCGCUGAACAGCAAGUCCUGCUCACUAAAAACGGCCGUUGCGGCCGUUUCGGGAGUGACCACGGUCUAUUUCCCAGCGCCGACGUAUGGAAGCGUCAGGAUUGAAAUCGACAAAGUUGCAAUAGUUUCCCAUGCAUAAAUUGCAAAGCAUGAAGUGCCUUCCUUGCAGGGAUUGCAAGACUGUCAGCCUAUUUGGGGUGAAGAGCCCGACUGUCAGCCUUUUUGGGGUCUGCGAUAGAGCUGCUAAAGUGGCAUGACAAAAAACGCCUUCUGUCCCUCAACAGCAUAACAAACUGGAUUCAGACGGUGCCAAAAUUUGUCAUGCACCGCUUGGGAAUUGGGCUUGCAAGAACUGAUAUCGAUUUUAUGCAUAACAAACUAUUUCAACUUUGACGACUUCAAUCCUGGCACUCCCAUGCGACGUCGGCCGUGGAAAUGCUGACUUUGGACAAAAGCCGGCGGGACAAGCUGCAGCGGCGAAAAUCGCAGAAGGUAAGUACAACAAGAGCAAACUGAUCUCAAAAAACAUGGUUGAUAGGCGAUCGAUUUCUCUAUCUCUUCACCGGCUGACCGACUUCUUGUUCUUUUCAAUUAUGGUUUCUUCUUGACAUGUAGGUGAAGAUAUUUUAUCAAACUAAAAAAAAGGCGCAGCACCAAAUUCGCGCGGAUGUUGAUCCUAUUGUCGAGGGAGACGCGAAGCUUUGGCUUCCGGAGGAGAGCCCGGUAACCGAAGACACUGCAUUCUCGGGUAUCACUUCGACGCCGAUCCGUGUCGCGGAUUUGGUGAAAGACCAAACGAAAAUCUUCAGCGACCGCUCCUACGUCCUGAACGGCAUUCCGAACUACCAGGACGACUGCAUGUUCGUUCCCGUCACCACCGCUGACGGCGAGAACCAAGGAGCGUGGCUCGCGGAGAACCGCCCGACGGAUUCGGCGGUUACCUUCACCGUGACCCGCGCUGCCACCGUUUUUUUGGACAUGUGGCGGUGCGACAAGAUAUCAAGGUGGAAAAUCCCCCCUCCCCGUAUUUUUGAAAAGGUGUGUUUCCGAAAAUUUGUGUUGCUGAUUUGUGGCCACAAAUCAGGUUUGUCUUGCAAGAAGACAAGCGCAGAGGCUUCCCUCCCAUUAUGGAAGCGAUUUGGCAUGCUGUUGGGCCUAGAGGGUAGCCGUUUGCCAUGCUAACCAACUAGACCCGGACGCCCCUAUGAUCUUGGCGAGGAUCUGGCCGCAAUGCCUUGCAGCAAGACAGGGCGCAUUUGUGUACGCAAGUUCAGCAUCAGAAGCUUCGUUUUGAUAUGGGGAGGGGGGGUUUUUCUUCUUGAUACAAGAUGACCACGGAGGAGUGGAAAACCGCGGCGGAAAGUGACGGCUGGAGCUAUCAGAAUGAAAAAUACUCCCACCCCCGAACUUGAAAGCAUUUGUGUUGCAAACCUUUCCAAAUGAAACAUUCGCCCUCUUGCAUGUACCAGCAAGAGCGGCGCUUGUCUUGCAAGCGAUGCGAUACACGCCUAGACUCUGCAUCAGAAAGAUUCGCACUCCUUUCACGCAUGACAAAAAGUUUUCAUUUGGAAACUUAGCAUCACAAAUUUUUACAAUUUCAGGGGUGGGGGGCACUUUUCACUGUAAUAGGAGCAGGUCCGCAGACUUGAACAUGAACCCGAUCGGCCUUUAUGGAAUGCAAAUAGGUCUGGGUCUGGAACAAGAUUCCGAGAGUUGUUCUCAUGCUAGUUUCUUGGCACGACUCUGAACUCUGUAUUGCGUGGCCACGAAGACCUCCUCUUGUAGUCUUAUUUCAUGCGAAAAAUAAAACGGUGCUUCUCAUGCGGAAUACGCAACACAGAGCCACGAGAAAGUCUGUCCUGUUUGGCGGUAGUACAUUGCAGUGCGCUUUCUGUUCACUGACAUGCGUCACAAGUUUCCAGACCCAGACAUAUUUACACUUGAUAGCCUUGUGCUCCACACCACGGGCGCCCACCAUGGAUCCCCACUCGAGGACGGCGGGAUCUACGGGCCCGGGCAAGUGUACAGGAAGGACGUUCCGGCAGGCGAGGUCUCCGUUCCGGGCCUGGGGACGAAGACGUCUUUAUCAAGAGGAAAAAUCCCCCCUCCCCAUAUCGAAAAGGAAAUCUGUGAUGCUGGAGUUGCGUACACAGAUCAGAUUUGUCUUGCAGUAGAGGACUGCACGCAGAUCGCCAGCCUACUUAGGGGCCUUUUGGUGUAGGCGCCUAGCAUGGUAGACGGCUUCCCUGUAGUCCUUACAGCAUUACAAAUCGCCUGUAUAGAGUGGCAGAGGGCCUAACUGGAUUUGCCUUCUCGCAACACGGACAGGAUUUGUGGUCACAAAUCUGCGCCGCAAAUUUUCGGAGGCAUACCUUUUCGAUAUGGAGAGGGUGGAUUUUUCCUCUCAAUAGUCUUUCUACGGGGUUUGGGUCUGUCCAGACGAGAGCGAAACACCGAUUGUCGCCGAUGCUGGGGUUUACUGGCGCCCCGGAGCGGAGCCGGAAGCUUGCGCCCAGGAAGCGGGCGAAGCUGGGGUGUGCGGAAACUCGGGUGACACGCCGUGUGCGAUCGUCAAGGGAGACGAGGAGGUGGACGAAGAGGAAGGCGUGACGGAAACUACCGAGGGGUGCUGCUGAUGCUGAAAUGACAGCACGUGGUCAUCUUCUUCCCGAAGCAAAUCUUUCAGGAGAAACGCGCUCCUAAUCGGACUUGCAAACCCCUUUACUAUCGGCCUCCAGUAUGUUCAUCUUGAUUUUCUGCAAUCUCCUCGCGUUUUGUGCCUCUCGUCGCUCAGUACGAUCACAAUUUCAAAAGAAUAAGAAGGUACGCAAAGUUUCAAAAAAGUUAGCACGCCCUUGUCUUGAGUACAAAAAAUUUCACAAAGCAGCCCACUUCAACUUAACCUCAUUUUUCAUGCAUGUAUUUUGGUAAUUUUCAUUUCAUCUUCCAAGUAUCUUCGCAGUAUCACUAGCAAUUUUUGCAUCCAAUAUCUUUGCAGUCUUCACAAUAAAAGUAAGUACUAUUAUACACACAACCACCAGUUCGUAUGAUUUAGAUUUUCCGAAUCGAUUUUUUUAUACAAAUUUGCUUCAGAUGGUGGUCCCCCAAUAGAAAAAAUAGGCUUUCGAAAUUUGUCUUCUAAAUUAUCCGUCACACUUCAAUUUCACCCCUUCUCGCACCCCGAAAAACAUCAAGUAUCCACCCUAGGAAAUAUGUAUAAAGUCGUUCUUCUUCUUUUCCCCGAUUUCUACUCACCGCCCAGACGGAGACGAGGUAGGGCACUAGGUUCUUUUGCGAAUCCCGCCCACCAGGGGCAAAGUAGGAGCGAAGGGGAUAAAGGAGAGCGGAGGAACAAGAAGAAGAAUGACAACAAAUAAGCUAGGCAGUCACUCUCAUCUAUGUUCUUGUCGUGUUUCACCCAAAAUUUCUAUCUUCCAGUGGUUAAUCCCAAGAACCGCCCAGUCUUUG